GAACAGCAGCGUGGUUCGAGCGGAAGUGGCGUUUUUCUUUCUAAAGGCGGGAGCAGGAAGCUGCGCUGUGUGUGUUAUUUGGUUAUUUUGGGCGCAUUGAGACUGUGAAGUGUGAGCCUCUCGGCGUUUGCGGAUGAGGAUUGAAAUCUCUCCAUGAUAGUGUGCAGAAAGUCAACCUAAAAUCCCACAACCCUCUCUGAUACAAAUCAACAAUGUCGUCGACAUCACAAAAACACAAGGACUUUGUGGCGGAGCCCAUGGGGGAGAAGACCGUUAUGGCUCUCGCAGGAAUCGGUGAAGUUCUUGGAAAGAGAUUGGAAGAGAAGGGCUUUGACAAGGCGUAUGUUGUUCUCGGACAGUUCUUGGUGCUGAGGAAAGAUGAAGAGUUAUUUCGGGAAUGGUUGAAGGACACUUGUGGAGCCAACACUAAACAGCAGGGCGACUGUUACAGCUGUCUGAGAGAGUGGUGUGACUCCUUCCUGUAGUGGAAGUUUUGUUGUUGUCGUAUAUUCACCCCCCAACACACACACACACACUCACACACACACUCACAUUUGUAUGUGAAAUACAUUUACCUCACUUUAUAGUUUAGACUUUUUGGACAUAAUUUGUGGAUGUAUUGAUAUUAAUUCUUAGCAUAGAAUUAUCGCACUAGAAGGUCUUUUAGAUAGGUACACUUGUAAUAAUUAACUACUCAUCUUGUGUUGUUCAAACAUCAUUCACACUGGAUCUGUAGUUUUGGGGGUGUGGCACAAAAUCAUCCAAAAAUCCAUGCAUAUGCCGUUCCGUUCCAGGCUGUACAUGCAGCAGUAAUCCAAAAACACAUUUGCCAUGAGCAACACAAAUCAUCCUACAAGUCUUUCCCCUUCUCUGUUUAUGAUGUUUGAAAGUUUUAACUGACUAUGUCCAAAAUGUGCCACUUUUAAAGGUUUAUGUGAACUUGUCACUGUUCUGUAAUAUGUAUUACCCAGAUGAUCAGAUGCAUAAUGGUAUCAUUUCGUCAUGGUUUUUAUGCUCCCCAGCCACUAAAUUGCCUUAAUAAAAGUCUGGAUUUGUUUUACUUGUUCAUGUGUACCAAAAGAA